UAGAAAGUAAUAAGUAACACUGUUAAUAUGUGACAAAGUGGGGACAAUAAUUUGUUUCGUUUGUUUUUUUUUAAUACGUUGGAAAACUUUUAAAACUUGAUAUACAAUAAUAAUUUGAAUUUGAACAGUUCUUCAUACAUCUUGUAUAUUCCUUCAAUAUAUGUUCAUUUAUCAAUAAUAUUAAUCAAAUAUAAUAGUAAAUUUACCAUUAAUCUGAAUAAAAAUACAAUGGAAAUUCGUAAAAGUAUUGAAGCAAAUUUUCUUACAUGUAAACAUUGUCAUUUACCAUAUAAACAACCUAAAGCUUUAGGAUGUCUUCAUUCAUUUUGUCAAUCAUGUUUAGAAGAUAUUAUUUCAAAACGUAAAGCAAAUGAAGAAGCUAAAGAAAUUGAAACAUUAAAACUUUUAUAUAAAUCAUCAAAUUCAAAUGAAUAUUCAUCGGGUUAUCGACGUAAAUGGUCAUCACGUUUUCGUUAUGGUGAUUAUUCAAAUUCAUUAUAUGGUUCUUCACGUUAUAAUCAUAUAGUUACAACAAAAGAUGAUGUAAUUACUUGUCCAAUAUGUCAAAAAGAUACAAUUGUGCCAACUGGUGGAGUGACAAGUUUACCAGCUGAUCAAUUAGCUGAUAAACUUGCAUCUAUGGUUGAUCGCAUGCCUAAUUUUCCUGUUUGUGAUGUUUGUACUAAAGAACCUUUGUUAACAGACAACCAUUUAAAUGGGAUUAAAUCACCACAAUCUAGCUUAUCAGCACAAUUUAAAAGAACUCAAUAUAAAAGUUUUAACAGAUAUGUUAGUAAUGAUGAUACAUUAAGUGAUGAUAGUGAUGCUGAUGAGGGAGUAUCACUCGACAAAUUAAGCAUGCAAGAUAGCAUGGAUAAUUCAGAAGCAUUGAGCCCACAAACCGCACGUUCAUCUACUCACCUUUAUAAAGAUAAAAAUGAGAAGCAUUUACGUAAAUCACUUACUUCAACUCGUAGACGUGAUGAUUCAUCUGGUCCAAGACCUGCUACUUCAGCAUGUUUAGAAUGUGGUAAACGAUUAUGUACUUACUGUCAAGAAGCUCAUUCUAGAAUGCCAGUUACAACUAAUCAUGUACUAAUACAAGUAGACCAAAUGGAACAACUUCGUUGUAAUCGACAUCCUCGUGAGUUAAGACGAUUUUUUUGUUUAACUUGUCGUGCAUAUAUAUGUAUAAUAUGUGCCUUUGAAACAGUUACUGAUAGUACACCAUUAUCUAAAGACACUUCAAAUUAUACUGGUCAUGCUGAUCAUGACAUACUAUCUAUGCGACAGGCUGUUGCGGCUUAUCAAGAUCAAUUAAAUCUUAAAAGUUCUGAAACACAAUCACAAAUGAAUCAGAUUGAAGUAUUUUUAAACGGCCUACAAAUCUGUGAAAAUGAAAUGCGUCAACUACGUACAAUGGUUGAAGAUACUGCGAUGGCAUUUAUUGAUCGUAUUCACAUACAAAGAGCAAAACUAUGCGAACAAGUUGAUAAAAUGUUUGGUGUUGAACUAGAUCAAAUAACAACGGAAUGCAAUAGAUUAACAAGUGCUACAACAGCAUGGUAUAAUUUUAUCAACGACGACCGUGUAACCAGUAGACUAGAUCUUAUGGAUCCGAUUGAAGCAUUGACUGAGGCAGGACCAAUGUUAGAUCGACUAAAUCGUUGUUUACAACUAGCAUCAAGUUCAAUAUUCACCUGUCCUAAUUGGCAGUUAUUUUUAUCACAACUAGCUAUAGCAGAGAAUUCGGUUCAAAAUACUAAUAGUAAUUUAUUACAGUUAGAAGAAAAGAAUUGUGAGAAUGCAGACGAUAAGAUAAACACCAAUAAUGAUGAUGAAAAUACUAUCAAUGGACAAAUAAUAGAAGAUCCACGUAUUACAUUUUGGCGUGCAAGAAUAGGUCAUUUUCAAUCAGGUGAAGUGAAUUUAGGUAGAAUAGUUACACCAAAUCAAUUAAUUGCAGAAUCAAAAGCAAAAGCUGCACAAUUUGUUAAUACACAUGUACAAACUGGUCCAGAAUUAAUUAAAACAUUACCACCACCAAAAGGUGCAUUACUUCAUCGUGCUAUUCAAGUUGACUUUUUAAAUGCUAAUUUAGAUGAUCGAGGCACACAAACAGAAUCACCAACUAUAACAAAUUUAUUUAAUUUUAAAAUUGAUGCUGGUACACAAUAUGUAAGUUCAGAUGUAAAUCCACCAGUUAGUAUUUAUCGCUCAAUUAAACAAAUUUUAGUUCAAAAAUGA